CUGGAGCGUAGCAGAUAUCAUAUUUGAUGGCGAUGUCCCGCGUCAUUUCGACGGUUGCGCUCCCGCACCUGUGCUCCAGGAAACCUGUCAGCAUCUGACAACGAAAUGACGACUAGUGACAGGAAAAGCCCCGUCCCUGAGGACACGUUUAUCAACCACCACUCUAAGCACAACGGCAACGACAGCCCUAGAGACAACCAAGAGCAGAACAGAAGCUCGUCCUCUAGCGAUACCACUACGAAUCCUGGAGUUACGACCCCAGUAGCACCAAUUAUCAGUGAAGAGAUUCAGGUGUUCCCCGAUGAUGGCGGGGAAGAGAAGACCACAAGUCCCAAUGCGUAUGCAGCUGCGGUCAAACCUGAUGAAAGUCCAGAUCAAGGCGAUCACGACUUGAUAACAAAGGAUAUGCAUCAAUUUCUCGAUGACCGAGACAUGUGGGAUGGUGAUAUGGAGCAUGUCGGCACGAAGAAACUCGAUGAAAUGUUGCGCGGGCCUUGGAGGGACCACAUCAACGCCAAAGGAGACUCUGAUAUGACAGCCCUACAUAUUGUUGCCCGAAAUGGACUUACGGAAGCAGCUCGAGUGCUCAUCAGCGCCGGCGCAGAGCAAGAGGUUCGAGACGAAUCGGGUCACAGUCCCCUCCACACAGCAUGCUUGAGAAAUCAGCCCGGCGUUGUCAAAGCUUUACUCGAGAAUGGAGUCUCAAUUAAGAUCUGAACCCGAGGCAGAGAACUCGACUCUUUCGCUCGCAGUUUUGAGCGGCGCGGAGGAUAUCGUGGAGCUUCUCUUGGAAAACGACAGAUCGAUACUCCAGUUCUCCGAGGAACACUCGCAUCUGAAUCCACUUCAUCUCGCAGCUUACCACCGCAACCCUGAGAUUGCAGAAAUCCUGCUAGCCAAUGGCGCUAAACUCAAUAUUGUUGACGAGUUGGAGAACACUCCUUUGAUGGUAGCAACGGAUAGGAAGGUGGAGUCCAUCAUGCGAAUGCUGCUUUGCCCACGAACAGAAGAUGAAGAUUUGCAGCUUGAUGUUCCCGACCAAUACGGAUUGACGCCCCUCAUGCUUGCUGCUAGUUUGGGAUAUGAGGUAGGAGUUCGAGUCUUGUUGGACUCCGGUGCUGACUUGGGAGCAAUAUGCAUAAAGAGCUGGGACUCCCAUGAAAGCAAUAUGCGCACUGCCUUGGAUUAUGCCAUCUUACACCUCCAGGACAACAUCGUGGAGCUAAUUCUAGCCGAAGAAUAUCGAUCCAUUUUCAGAGACAGCUGGGUUGAAGUGCCGGACAAGAUAUCUGCCUCGCGUAUGAUGAGGUCUCGCUUUGUGGAAACAGUCCAAGAGAACGAAACACCUGCAUCGGCGGUUUAUAUGCCGUAUCUUUCCUACGCCACUCAAUGUCGCGAAGAAGAAGGAGAGGAACCUUUUAGUCCGACUCCGGAUGUCGAAGAUGAUCCAAAGAACGUUUUGCAGGCUCUGCGUGCAGAGAAAUACAAGUAUGAACAACUGCUGAGCACAUACAAACCAGGAGUUAUCCACGGCUCUUCCACCCUUGACGAAUGGUAUUACCAUUUUGCAUCUGAUCAGGAAGCUUCCAAAGACCGAAAGGCACGCAACGAAUCCCAGGUUGUCACUAAGGGCUUACCAGGCAAGAUUGAGGACAAAGACUUUUGGCCACUAAUCCGAGUUAACCAGCUAUGGAUUUGGACAAUCGCAGAUAAGUGGCUGAUUACAGCCUCCUCUCAUCCAAUUGAUGGGAAGAAAAAUGUGCUCUUGGAGGGCGUGGUUGACCAUCUUACAAAGCAAACGGAAUCCGGUGGUAGUCGCUCCCUGCCGGGAUCAACGGCUGAGAUGAGUCGGCUCAUCAUCGACUUCUGCAUAUCAUCGUAUGAGACUCUGCCAAAGGCCUCACGUAAGAGUUCAUCCACUACCCUUGGAGUCAAUGGUACCGCCGAGGAGCCUGCGCUUCGAUCCCCGACUUGGCAGUUCGCGCCUAAUCCUCCGGCCUCUGUGGAGUACCCGCCAGAGCUCUUGUCGAUGCGUCAAAUGUUUUCGAACUCCAUCAACAAAAUCGGUAUCGAUGAAGCAAAUCUGUUCGCGAAGUUUAGCUCCGAAGCCGGCGAGAUACUAGCCACAAUGAACGACGAAAAUCAAAUCGAGGAAUUUCAGGUUGCUCUCGGAAUAAAGAAACCUGGCGUGGAGAGUUGUCAGGCGGUCAUUGACGACAAAUCAACUCGAAAAGAUACCGACAAUGAGCUGGAAAGAAAGAGGCAAGCACGCAUAAAGAACAAUUUAGUUGCUAUAAGAAAGGCAGAGGAUCUAUCCAGCCGUAUAAAAGACAUUCGGGACGAACUGAACAUACUCAAAGCAGUCGCACAAUAUCAACGAGAUGUUCAGCGGGAGAUGCAAAAGCUUCCAGGCUCUCAAGAAGCUGGUCUUAGCGCCUCCCACGUUGUUAAUGACAUAAAGGAAAUGGACAAGGUGGCAGACCGAAUUCAGACUUCGGUCAACAACACUCUAUCACUUCAGCAGACGACUGUAUCGCUCGAGAUGAGUAUGGCAGCUAAUGACCAGUCAAAACUGUCAAUGAAGCAAGGAAAAACGUUGAUGGUUUUUACCGUAGUUACAAUCCUUUUUGUACGACACACCACCAGAGUCGAGCUUUUUUAA